AUGCUUAGACGUUGCGCCAGAAACUUGGCCACGGCCGCUUCUAAGGUGGCCUCGCCUACCUACAAAACAACCGUGCUCCCCAACGGUCUUACGGUCGCUUCUGAGGCUAUGCCCGGUACAAAAACGGCCACCGUUGGAAUGUGGAUCAAUGCCGGGUCUAGAGGUGAUAACAAUGCCAAUAGCGGUACUGCCCACUUUCUAGAACAUUUGGCCUUCAAGGGAACUUCUAAAAGAUCUCAAUACUCCCUAGAGCUCGAGAUCGAGGACUUGGGAUCUCAGAUUAAUGCUUACACCUCCAGAGAGAACACAGUGUAUUAUACUAGAUGUCUAGCUAGAGACUUGGAGCAGAACAUAGACAUUUUGAGCGAUCUUCUCACCAAGUCCAAGCUAGAUAAGCAGGCUAUCGAGAAGGAGAGACCGGUUAUUUUGCAAGAGAGCGAUGAGGUCGAUAAGAUGUUUGACGAGGUGGUGUUCGAUCAUCUCCAUGAAAUAGUGUAUGAUCGCCAGCCUUUGGGCAGAACCAUUUUGGGACCCCGUGAGAAAAUCCGCACCAUCAGUAGAGAUGACUUGCUUCAGUACAUCAAGACCAACUACAAAGGCGACCGCAUGGCCCUUGUGGGAGCAGGCUGUGUAGACCACGAAGAGCUUGUGAAAAACGCCACCAAAUACUUCGGCCAUCUCGAAAAGAGCGAGAAUCCUUUCACUGCUCAUGGUGAUGAUCUCCCCAUUUUCCACGGCGCGGAAAGAAGGAUUCAAGACGACUCCUUGCCUGUGACUCACGUCGCUUUAGCUGUUGAGGGUGUGAGCUGGUCGGCGCCAGAUUUUUUCACAUCCUCGGUUGCCAACGGUAUCAUUGGAUCAUGGGACCGCUCCAUUGGAAUUGGUUCUGACUCACCUUCUCCUCUUACUGUCACCGCAGCUAUGGGUGGCCCCGGUAGCACUCCUAUCGCUAACUCCUACAUGGCUUACACAACUUCUUACGCUGACAGCGGUCUCAUGGGAGUUUACUUCACUGCUGACAGCAACACUGACAUGUCUUUAUUUGUCAAUGCAGUGAUGGGCGAGUGGGCUCGUCUCAAGUCUGGAAACAUCACUGAUGAGGAAGUUGAAAGAUCAAAAGCUCAAUUGAAGGCAUCUUUGGUAUUGGCCCUCGACGACUCCACCGCCAUCGCUGAAGAUAUUGGCCGUCAAUUGGUUAACACAGGUUUCAGAUUGUCCCCUGAGGAUGUCUUCGAGAGAGUUGAAAGCAUCACAAAGAAGGAUGUUGUUGACUGGGCCAAUUAUAGACUCAAGGAUAAGCCUAUCGCCAUGGCAGCUUUGGGAAAUUGUACCUCUUUGCCAUCCCAUCAGGAAUUGAAUAAGGGCAUGUCUUUGUAG